AUGGAAAAGGAGUAAACCUUUGUUUUAAUAAAACCUGAUGGAGUUUAGAGAAGAAUCAUAGGGAGAAUAAUCUAGAGAUUUGAAGAUAAGGGAUUUUCAAUGGUUGCCAUGAAAAUGCUAAUACCAAAUUAAGAAUUACUAUAGAAGCAUUAUGAGGAGCUCAUGUUCAAGCCUUUCUUUCCGUGCUUGAUCUGCUAUAUGCUAUCAGGACCGGUUAUCGCUAUGAUAUGGCAAGGCAAAGAUGUUGUUAGAUAAAUUCGUUCUAUGCUUGGAGAAGGCAGAAACCCUAUUGAAUAGAAACCAGGCACAAUUAGAGCUGAUUAUGCACUUGAACUUUAGAGAAAUUUAAUUCAUGGUAGUGAUUCUUGUGAGUCAGCUUAAAAAGAGAUUAAUUUAUGGUUUAAUUAAAAGGAAAUCGUGGAUUGGAAGCCUUCAGAUUUAAAUUGGGUGUGUGAAUGA